AUGACAACAGAAGAAGUUCCAUUAAAAGUAUAUGUCUCCUCGAUUACAGCAAAUACAGAGAUACGUAAACAUAUACAACGUUCUCUUAUGGUUCUUGAAAGUCUCGGUGUUCCACAUAAAGUUAUUGAUAUUUGUAUAAGGAGUAAUGAAGCAGAGUUAGAAUUUUUUAAAAAAAAUGUUAAAAAUGAUAAAGCUACUGGUCCACAAAAACCACCACAAUUUUUUAUUAAAGGUCAAUAUAUUGGAAAUUAUUAUGAUUUUCAUGAAGCUAUUGAGGGUAAUUAUUUAGAAGAUUUUUUACAAUUAAGAGCUGACUCAUCUAGAGAAAUUGUUGAGAGUGAAAAAGAAAAUAUUGAAAAUGGUAAAAAAAGUGUUAUUGAAAAAGAGGAAAAAAAUAAUAAUGAUGAUAUUAAUGAAGAUGAAGGUGAAUGUCAAGAUGAAGAUGACAAUAAUAAUGAUGAAGAAGAAGAAGAAGAAGAGGAAAAUGAUGAAGAAGAAGAGGAAGAAGAAAGGGAAGUAGAAAAAAAAGAAAUAAAAAAUAAUGAGGGUAAAUUUAAGGUGGAUGACAAUGAAGGAGAAAAUUCUGAUGGUCAAGAUACAGAAGCUACAUUUACAUUAGGAUUAGCUCCAAGAAUUGCUGCCACUGAAGAUAAUAAUGAAGAAGGUGAAGAUAUUGAGGAAGAAGAAUACGAGGAUGAAAAUGAAGAAGAAUAUGAAGAAGAAUAUGAAGAAGAAGAGGAGGAAGAAGAGGAAGAAGAAGAAAUAGAAUCCAAUACACAUAAAAAAAAAUAA